UUUGUGUCCCUGAACUCAUUCAUGUGUGCUUUCCACCUGUAGAUCAGAUAGAUAUGUAUCUUUCAAUAUGUAUCCUUCUGAAAUGAGAUUUCCUAUGAUCUGUGUGAAUUAUGCAGAUAUGACAUCCAUCAUUACACUAAUUAAUUUAUGGUUUAUGUAUAAGUAGGGGAAGAUGAUGACAGCCUGGAAGUAGUUAUAUUGAAAGCUGGUUUACUUUAUUCAAAAUUGCUGUAAAAGAACUAGCCAGGUUUGAGCCAACAUUGAUGUCUUUAUCAGAUAUUGGAAGCAUUGAAAUUUCUUCUUGUAGGGUAUGAUUUUUGAAAAAGAGAAGAAAAAAUUGUAUUUGAGAAAAAGCAUGACUCAGAAUAUUAAAGUAGAAUUGGUAUGCAUAGACUGAAUGGUAGAAGUAGACUUUAAACAUUCUCAGUGCAAGUUCUGUAGACUAGUUCAGAAUUUGAAGGCUUGAACUACAGAGUUGCAAUUUACCCAAUAGGGCGACGUAGACCUCUUCAUAUGGAAGGAACACGUUCCCUUCGUGAUGAACCCAAUUACUACAUUGAUGAUCCAACUUUAAAUACCCAGGCUGGGAGGACUAGAUAUCAAAAAGGGACUGCAUCGGACAGUGAGGAGGAAAAAAACGGUCGAUCACCAGUGGCCAAUGGUCAGAUAGCUGCAAGAAGUCACGAACCAUCCCCUGUUUCUACUGCGGGUUCUUUCUCACCCACCAUUGAAGUUUCAUUUGUGAGAAAAUUGUCCUUAAAUGAUGGUGCUCAAAAUGUUGCCAUUAGUGACAGGCCACCAGUACCUGCCCCAUUCCCUGUGCAUUCAGAUGAUGAGGAGGACAAUUAUAUAGAUCCAUCUUCAAUAAAUACCCCUCCAAGAUAUAAGAUUCUUAUAAACCAGAAGUCAUCAAAUAAACGUAAUAAUGUUCAAUAUUAUAAAUGUCGCGUGGAGGAUCAUCCGAAGAGAAUCGGCCUGAAAAUUCUCAAGCCUCCAAAAAGAGAUGAAGAAGAUGAUGAAGACGAUUAUGAAGAUUUAGAUAUGAAAUAGGAUUUUAGCUGAUAUGUGUGUGUAUGUGUAUAUAUAUGUCUGCAUAUAUGUAUAUAAAUAUAUACACACAUGUAUGUAUAUGUAUAUAUGUCUGCAUAUAUAUACAUAUAUAUACAUAUAUAUACAUAUAUAUACAUAUAUAUACAUAUAUGUACACAUAUAUAUACAUAUAUGUACACAUAUAUAUAUACAUAAAUAUACAUAUAUGUACACAUAUAUGUACUCACACACACACACACACACACACACACACACACACACACACACACACACACACACACACACACACACACACACACACACACACACACACACACACACAUACACACACACACACACACACAGACACACACACACACACACACACACAGACACACACACACAGACACACACACACAGACACACACACACAGACACACACACACAGACACACACACACAGACACACACACACAGACACACACACACAGACACACACACACAGACACACACACACAGACACACACACACAGACACACACACACAGACACACACACACCAGACACACACACACAGACACACACACACAGACACACACACACAGAC